GUUUAGAAAUAUGACUUAUCAGAAACUGACUCAUAAAAUCCAACACGUAAUGUUUGUCGGACUUACUGAGAAGUCAAAUGUCACACUUCAAAGGCACGAGCAUCGCUCUAAACUAAAGCCUACAACGUUUGCUUGAUGGACGUUUCUUCUCCCCUAGACGAGAGAGACUCUUUUUUUAGUUGUCAUGGUAACAACAACAAUAGGCAUCAUGGCGGAGGAGAAACUUUCAUUUGAACAAACGUUUAACUUUAAUCUGCUUUCCACGAAAAGCUUUAAUUUUCAGCAAGACCCUAAAACAUCGCGACUUCUGAUGAAAUGGUCCAUGCUGGGUCGAAUUACAGCACAAGCCUUCAAUUUUGAUCAAUCUUUCCAGCCUUAUAGAAGCAAUGACUUUGCAUGGAAUUUCUUUCAAGAUCCAUGCGUGAAGAACAACUUAAAGGUCCUUGAUCCCACCGGAUCAUGGACACUGCUGGGAGACAUAACACAUGUAAAUGUUGAAGUUGUCCCAUGUACAAAAGUUUCGGUGGAUAUAUUCGAUCCAAUUUACUCAAAUGGAAUUUUGCGGCCCUCCGGACACAUUGUCAAAUGUUACCAUGAAAUAUAUCCUGACUUUGAUGAGCUACGGAUGCUUUUGCUUGAAGCAGACUCUGAAUAUCAUCAUAUAAUCAGUCCCAGUGAUCGUCAGGAGUUUUUGUUCCGGCUGUUCAAACAUAUGGUCUUGGGUGGUGAACUUUGCCAAUAUGAGGAUGUCAUCGAUCCUUACAUUGAGACAGUGAAGAUAAUGUACAAAGACUUGGUCAGUGUCCAGAGGGAUACAGACAGGAAAGAGAUCAAUGUGAUUACAACAAUCUUAAAAGUUUCAGCUUAUGAUCACAUUGGAUUGCGCUAUCCAUCUGCUACAGAAAACGAGCAGACAUUUGCUUACCUCUGUAUUGAUCCUUGUAAAAAACAUGUGUAUGUUUUGUACCAUUCAUUUGGUGUAGGGGAUUUUUCAGAAAACUAAGCGCUCUCAAUCUAGAUCUAUGUAAAAAACUGACAUUAUAAUUAGACACUGAUUAGACAGUAUGCCUUUUCCAUUUAUAAUCCUUGAUUUAUUAAUGAUAGGAGAACAUCUGUUAAAUGAAUUGUUCUAUGAUUAAAAUGAAAAUGUAUAUAUGAUUAUAUUGUUCCUGAAGUAAGAAUAUAAUUUAGCACAUUCUCUUUCAUUUAGCUUGAAAUAAUAAAGUGUUUAGUUCUUUUCAACUGGAUAAUUUUGCCUGCUUUU